AUGGAGGCUCUCUACAGCAAUUGGCGGUCUCUUCCGCUAUCAUUAUCUGUCCCCAUAACAGCUUUUCUCAUCAUCGUUAUCGCGACAAUCACCAACGUCAUCAAGCAGCUCUGGUUCCCGAACCCUCACCGCCCUCCAGUCGUAUUUCACAUCUUCCCACUUAUCGGCAGCACAGUCCAGUAUGGAAUUGAUCCGUAUAAAUUCUUCUUCGAUUGUCAAGCCAAGUAUGGAGAUUGUUUCACGUUUAUCCUGCUGGGCAAGUCGACGACUGUUUUUCUGGGGCCGAAGGGGAAUGACUUCAUCUUAAAUGGGAAGCAUGCGGAUCUUAAUGCAGAGGAUGUGUAUGGAAAACUUACGACUCCUGUUUUUGGGAAGGAGGUUGUUUAUGAUUGCUCUAAUGCUAGAUUCAUGGAUCAGAAGAGGGCAAGUCGAACUGCACCAUAUAGAGAACGGCGUCUUCUCAAACUUGGUCUCACGACAGACUCAUUGCGAUGCUACAUCCCCAAAUUCGUCAAAGAAGUCGAAGACUACAUCGCUACUUCACCCUACUUCAAAGGAUCAACGGGCAUCGUCAACAUCACCGAAGUAAUGGCCGAGAUCACAAUCUACACCGCAGCAGGUUCCCUCCUCGGCAACGAAGUCCGCUCCAUGUUUGACAGCACAUUCGCAACCCUCUACCGCCAUCUCGACGAUGGCUUUCAACCUAUCAACUUCGUCAUGCCUGGUCUUCCCCUACCACAAAACUUCCGUCGCGAUCACGCACGAAAGGUCAUGGAGGAAUUAUUCAGCGACAUCAUCCGGAAGCGUCGUGAGAUUGGAAAUCAAGGCGAUGAGACUGAUAUGGUUUGGACGCUUAUGAAUGCUAAAUACAAGGAUGGUGAGGACUUGCCGGAUCAUCAUGCGGCGAGGAUGUUGAUUGCUAUUCUGAUGGGUGGGCAGCACAACACUGCUGCUAGUGGCGCCUGGCUACUUCUCAAUCUUGCGCAUAAACCGCAUCUCGUUCAAGAGUUGUAUGAUGAGCAGCUUGAGGUUUUGGGAUCACCGCAAGAGCCGUUGACGUGGGAGAAUUUGCAGAAGUUGACGCUGAAUGGACAGGUUAUCAAGGAGACCUUGCGUCUUCACAGUCCAAUCCACUCUAUUCUCCGACAGGUCAAGUCACCUAUGCGAGUUCCCGGCACGGAUUGGGUUGUUCCGCCGUCUCAUACACUCCUCGCCUCACCUGGUACACAAGCGCGAUCUGAGGAAUUCUUUCCUAGACCUAUGGAAUGGGACCCUCAUCGGUGGGAUAAAAUUGAGUCUCUUGAGGACUCGAAGGGUAAUGGGGAGACAGUUGAUUAUGGCUUCGGCAUGAUGAACAAGUCUGUGAGCAGCCCAUAUCUACCCUUUGGCGCGGGACGGCAUCGCUGUGUUGGAGAGAACUACGCGUAUGCCCAGUUGGGCGCCAUCAUUGCAACGUUUGUGAGACUGCUUCAUAUUGAACAGCCUGAUCCCAAGGCACCUCUACCUGCGCCUGACUAUUCGUCAAUGUUUUCUCGGCCCAUGAACCCAGCCGUCAUCCGAUGGACUCGUCGUAACACGGAGGCUAAUUAGAAUAGAAGUUGGACUUUGAGAUAGAUAUGUCACUUCAUAUAGCGUAGUACAGAAGAAGGCAAGCCGUUAUGAUUCCCAGCUGUAUCGACAUGUACAAUGACUUCUCCAACCAGGAGCGGUGCCG